CGGGGACCCGGAUGUGUGUGGUGGCGGCGGCCGAAGAGCUAGUGUGCGGAGCUGAGAGGCCUAUGGAUGAGGAGGACGCGGCGGCCCCGAAUGGAAGCUCUAUGAGAAUAGGCAGCUCAUCCGUCUUGUUCACAGCUGUAUCCGUAGCACCUUGGACAGCAGGAGCACAUAGCGGGAGCUCGGUUUGUUCUCAUGAACAAGAUGGAUGACCUCAACCUGCACUACCGGUUUCUGAAUUGGCGCCGGCGGAUCCGGGAGAUUAGAGAGGUCCGGGCUUUCCGAUAUCAGGAAAGGUUCAAGCAUAUUCUUGUAGAUGGAGACACUUUGAGUUACCAUGGAAACUCUGGUGAAGUUGGCUGCUAUGUGGCUUCUCGACCCCUGACAAAGGACAGCAAUUAUUUUGAGGUGUCGAUUGUGGACAGUGGGGUCCGGGGCACCAUUGCUGUGGGACUGGUUCCUCAGUACUACAGCUUGGAUCACCAGCCUGGCUGGUUGCCUGACUCUGUGGCCUACCAUGCUGAUGAUGGCAAGCUUUACAAUGGCCGAGCCAAGGGUCGCCAGUUUGGGUCAAAGUGCAACUCUGGGGACCGGAUUGGUUGUGGCAUUGAGCCAGUGUCCUUUGAUGUGCAGACUGCCCAGAUCUUCUUCACUAAAAAUGGGAAGCGGGUGGGCUCCACCAUCAUGCCCAUGUCCCCGGACGGGCUGUUUCCGGCAGUGGGCAUGCACUCACUGGGUGAGGAGGUGCGGCUGCAUCUCAACGCUGAGCUGGGCCGCGAGGAUGACAGCGUCAUGAUGGUGGACAGCUACGAGGAUGAGUGGGGCCGGCUACAUGACGUCCGAGUCUGUGGAACGCUGCUGGAGUACUUGGGCAAGGGCAAGAGCAUCGUGGACGUGGGGCUGGCCCAGGCCCGGCGCCCACUCAGCACGCGUAGCCACUACUUUGAGGUGGAGAUCGUGGACCCUGGAGAGAAAUGCUACAUCGCCUUGGGGCUGGCCCGGAAGGAUUAUCCCAAGAACAGGCACCCUGGCUGGAGCAGAGGGUCUGUGGCUUAUCAUGCAGACGACGGGAAGAUCUUUCAUGGCAGCGGCGUGGGGGACCCCUUCGGGCCACGCUGUUACAAAGGGGACAUAAUGGGCUGUGGAAUCAUGUUCCCCCGGGACUACAUUCUGGACAGUGAGGGUGACAGCGACGACAGCUAUGACACAGUGAUCCUGUCCCCGACUGCCCGAGCUGUGCGGAAUGUCCGGAAUGUCAUGUAUCUGCACCAGGAAGGGGAGGAGGAAGAGGAAGAGGAGGAAGAGGAGGAUGACGGGGAGGAGAUAGAGCAAGAGCACGAGGGCAAGAAGGUGGUGGUUUUCUUCACUCGGAAUGGCAAGAUCAUUGGGAAGAAGGAUGCUGUUGUACCUUCUGGGGGCUUCUUCCCCACCAUUGGGAUGCUGAGCUGUGGGGAAAAAGUCAAAGUGGAUCUGCACCCCCUGAGUGGCUAGGCCUUCUCCCCGGACCUGCCCCUCCCCUCUGACCCCUCCCUUUGCAGAACCAGGUACCCAGUUCCUGACUCCCGAGGAUCUGCCUACCCAGCAGGCCCCAGGGGGUGUGUCAGCACUCUGCCCCUACCAGAUCAGGCCCCUGCCAAGCUCCUCCAUGCCCAGUUUCUGGCCCGGGGCUGCCCCAGUCAUCAGUCCCUGGGCGAGAGACCCUGGUUGGACAGGAACAGGCUGGAAGGGUGGCGUUGCUCUCUGGCCCCCUCGGUUUUGGCCGUGGGCUCCCGUGUCCCCCUUCUGCACCUGUGAAGGGAGAGGAGUGAGUGCUUCUGUCUCAGCUGCUGUUGGGCCUGAGGCUUGAGAGGGUGGAGCCGGACAGCCCCCCCCCCCCCCGCUUACCAGUGUUCCUGGGGUGCCUCCUCGUCUGUUCCCUGUCCUCGUCCUCGUUGUCGUGUGAACCAGUUGCUGCUGUCACCCCCUGGCUGGGCUGGGGGGCUCUCUAGGGCCCUCGCUCUCCUUCACUGAAUGCUCUCCCUAGAAGACUACUCGAGGGCCUCUCUUCUCUCCCCACAGAGCCAGCUCCCUCCCUCACGACCUGCUGGGGCACCACAGGUCCCUGAGAACCCAGCUCCCCCAGCUGUACACAUAUAGAUGGUGCCCACGGCAUGUAGAGUGAGACGGGCUGUCAGGUCCGGGAAUGGAGCCUUUGCUCCUGUCUCCCUCUGGCCCUCCUCAGCUCACCUGUGGCACCUUUGUCUCUAGUUCCUGAGGAUGCAGGUUGAGACCCCAGAGCCUCUCUCUCCCACACGGUGAGGGCAGGACCCCAGAGCCCAGUGAGAGCCCGUGCUCCCCUGCCCCACCCACACCCCGCUUGCUGCCUGUGCCAGUUGCCUGUUUUGCUUCAGUGUUUGAUCUAGCACUCACACGUGUCCUCCCCAACCAGGCUCUCCUGUCUCCUGGCCUCUUGACACCGACCCCUCCCCACACAGUGACUUCCAGGAGGGAGAGGAGGCCUCAGUUUGGGGAGAGUGGGCAGGGCUUUAGGGGAAGCAGUGAGCUGUUGUACUGCGGGGGGGCCUCCACUUUGGCCCUCCCUUCAGGCCCUGCACUAUGAUGUAUGAAAUUUAUGUACAGACCAGAGAUGUUUAUACAGCCAAUAAAGAUGGAGUUUCCAUAUUUAUCAGUA